CGCCCAUACUGCCAAAGAUGGCGGACCGGCGGGCGCCUGCAGCCGUGACCACUGGAGAAGAUGUUAUUGACGCCCUGGUGGGGGAGGCGCUUGGCUUGGUCACUGAUGGCGACGACGACGACGACGACGACGAGGGGUUGCGGCUGCUACCAUCAUGGGCGCCAGCCUCGCUCGAAGGAUGUGCCGACGCCUUGGUCGAUCCAUGAUCACGGCUUGGGCUUGGGGAAGACGACGUGGUAGUUGACCCGUGGUCGUGGCCAUGCGAGGAUGGUGGCGUUGACGUAGGCGUUGAUGUUGAUGUCGGCUCUGGACUCAAAGUUGGCGUCGCUGACGACUUGGUAGAAGCCGUCUCUGACGACUCUGGGGUUGGAGUCGUGUCAGACGUUGAAAUCGAAACGGGCGUGCUUGACUCGGAUAUGCUUGACGCCGGUGUGCUUGACUCGGGUGUGCUUGACGCCGGUGUGCUUGAGUCGGGUGUGCUCGACGCCGGUGUGCUUGACCCGGGCGUUCUCGACACCGGUGUGCUCGAUGCCGGUGUGCUCGACGCCAGUGUGCUCGACGCCGGUGUGCUAGAUGUACUAGGCCGAGGUGGAGGGAUCAAGGGCCCUAUCGAGACGGCGGGGUCGUUCACGCAAUCUGGCGGCACGGAGGUUGGACCACCUGCGACGAAGGUCACGGCGGUGCACUGGAGAGGCUGUAAGUAUCAAGCAACCCUUUCCCCCCCCGCAGUAGGUUUCCUGAGAAUGGGAUAGACGGACGGCGCAGAUCUAUCUUACCUGAUAAAGCAGCCCAUCCGGGGCAUGCUGGAUGAGCUGUACCACGGCGGCCUGGCCCACCCAGGCUGGGUUUCCGGGAACCUGAGUAAAACACACGUCGCCGACACCUGUCUGCGCGAAGGGCAAGACCAG